CGAACAGUGGAUGAUCCGGAAGUUUGUGUCCGAAGCAGACGAAAAAGAAAAGGCAAAAUAUCCGAUGAGAGUAUUGGUUGAGUAUUAUGUGUGAUGGAUUGAUACCAAUUGGAGUAUUCUGGGAUAUAGAGAAUAUAAGUAUACCAAAGAAGAAGUCUGCUUUUCGUAUUGUCCAGACAAUUAGACAUACAUUCUUUGAUGGACACAAAGAAGCUGAGUUUGUGUGUGUGUGUGAUACAGUUAAAGAGAGGAAAGAUGUCAUACAAGAAUUAAAUGCUGCUCAGGUGACCGUGGUUCAUGUAAAUGCUACGAGCAAGAAUGCUGCAGAUGACAAGUUAAGACAAAGUCUGAGAAGAUUCGCAGAUGUUUAUUCCAGUCCAGCAACCGUUUUACUUCUGUCAAGUGAUGUGAAUUUUUCCUCAGAUUUGUCAGAUUUAAGACACAGGAAGAAUUUAAAUGUUAUAUUAGUACACAACAAAGAAGUGCACAAUUCUCUGACAGCAUGUGCCAACAGAACUGUCCUAUAUGAUGACCUUACCAAGGAGAUGCAACAGUGUGAGAAAUCUGUUGACUUGAAAGAUGAACCUACUGAUUUAGAGAUCAGAGGAUAUGGUCCAAAGAUAAAGAAGAAGAGAUUGCAGAAUCGGUUUAAACAGCUGUCCACUAAUUGUGGUGGGAAAGUGAUUUGUGUGAAGGAAGAUGUUUCUGUUGUUAGAUUUCAAAGUUUUACAGAUGCCAACAGAGCAAGAAACAGAAUGGAAGGUGAAAAUGUUUUUGGAAGUAAGAUAAAAGUUGAAAUCUCAUCUAGAUCUCCACAAAAGACAGAUAGACAACAGGGAAAUAAAAGUUUUAAAAGACCAAAAGAUACAACUGUACAGUCACAGACAUGGACAGACACUAACCAACAAAAUAAUGCAAAAACUGGUUCAGAUGUACCAAUUGAUUCAAAGCAAGAAAGUAAAAAAUCUUCCGUACCUCAAAACAAGAGUCCUCCUGAGAAAUCACUGUUAACGAGAAAUUUAACACCAACUACUUCCGGUAAUGGUAAAUCAAAUAGUAAUAGAACCCCAACUCCUCCUGGAAGUUAUUCAAGGAACCCAUACUACCAGUCAUUUUAUAAUAAUCCUGCCAGCAUGUAUGCCAAGACAUUGGAAAGUUUUAGUUCAAAACCAUUUUCAUCAAAUAGAAACAACAUUGAAAAUAAAAACAUAGACCAGCAGAAAAGCACUACUCCAGCCAUUCAGAUUCUUACUAAUAAUAACAGACAAAGGAAAACAAGUGAGAAAGAAAAUAGUUAUGGUACCAGUCCAAAGUUGGAGAAAAAUAUCAGUCCUGUAGCUAAAAAAAGUAUUAGUCCAGUAGCUCAAAAAUAUAUCAGUCCUAUAGCUCAGAAAAAUAUAAGCCCUGUAGCUCAGAAAAAUAUAAGCCCUAUAGCUCAGAAAAAUAACAGUCCUACAGUCAAGAAAAAAUAUACAAGUCCUACUUCUCAUGGAAGUAACAGUCCAACUUUACAGAAAAAUACUAGUCCAAAUGCUAUGAGGGGAUCAGUGCAGAAUACAAUUAAUGACAACAGACAGGCAACCAGUCAUUUAUACAAUGAAAGGAAAACAGUUGAUAAUGGCAUGAGUCGAAAUAUUCCAAAUAAAUUUGGGAAUCAAGAUAAUUAUAUACCACCAAAUUCAGGAUAUCAAAAUGAUCAGCCUCAAAAUGAUGAUGAUAACAGAUCUCAUCUUCAUGAUACAGUUAAUAAGUUUAACAAAGAUGGUAAAGGAUCUAGUCGUCAUGUCUUAAUGUUACAACAACAGCUUUAUCAGGAGGAUCAACAACAACAGGACUAUCACGGCAGAAAACAAUAUAACUACCAUGGUCGUUCAUUCAGUCCUCCACCAUAUUCUACACCUUGGAGUACAUAUGAUUAUCAUGAACCUCAGCAUGAUAUGACAUUUGAUUCUUCCUAUCCUACGUAUCAACAUUUCGGUGGAAACAAUUAUGACUAUCGCCCAUUUUCAUAUAGUCAGAAUAAUAGUUAUAAUAAUAAUCCAUACGGAUGUUAUCGUAAUAAUUCGUGGAACCAGUAUAAUAGUAACCCAUAUAGAAACCAGAGACCUGGUACCAGUCCACCAAACCCUAACUGUCAAACAAUGUGUUCUACCGUAGUUCAACAGAAAUGGUCCCAUAGUCAUAGAUGUAGCCCUUAUGAUAUGGUAGACGAAGGACCAGCCAUGCAAAGACAGUCACCAAUGAACAUGUUUAGACCCAUUACACCAUCACCAGUCCCUGGUGCCUGUAGUAGUCCAGCAAUGGAAGAUGAAGACCUUGAAUGGGAAGGUUUUGUUGGUCCAGUUGAAUUGCUUGUUUCCAAUCUUGAUUAUAACAUCAGUGCUAAGGAAUGGAGAAAGAUUCUCUUCACAACAUUUCAUCCUCAUGUGAGGGUUUUAAAUGUACAUGUAAAGACUCAACCAGACAACACCAGUAUUGGUAUGGUUAAAGUACCAAAUAUAGAGGAGGCUAGAUUUGCUAUAUCACAGUUCCACAGAAAGAAAAUUGGAUAUAAAAGGAUUCAUGUUACUCUGAAACAAGAGGAAACUCAGAGACCAGCCAGCAGUACAAGAGCAGAAGCAAUUGCCUUGCUAUCAGAGGCUAAAGACAAUGUUCUUCCAUUGUUUAAAUUCAUUGAACUGUUUGAUAAAAGGUAUCACAGAACUAUAAGUGUUUCUGAGCUGUAUAAGAUGAGGGAUACACUAGAAAUAAGAGAGAUGAAUGGAACUAGGAUGGUACAUCUUGUAUGUAAUUCACCCUACCAGUCUGAACCAACUAUCAUAACCAAUCCUGAACAGGAAAUGUAUUAUCAACAAAAUAUGGUGAGUGUUAGACACCUUGUAUGUAACUCACCAUACCAGUCUGAACCAACUAUCAUAACCAAUCCUGAACAGGAAAUGUAUUAUCAACAAAAUAUGUUAAGCAUUAACCAGAUUCCUGAAGUAUUAGAACAGCCAGCUUGUCCUAUCCAUUGUCCUGAGGGUAGUAUUAUGUAUGCUGAAGCUGUCAACAACUGUAUGUUACCUAAUGUGAUGAUGACCAUUAAAAUGUUUGGUCCUCAAGUCCAUUCUCUACUGCAAUCACAUGAUGGAAAUAUGCCAUUAAUGAGUUUUGCAAUAUGCUUUAGUGCUGAAUUUGGAUGUCUGCCUAUUGUUGGUGAUAAUGGUAUACCAUUAGAACAUUUGAUUAGCUGUGUACAGGGUAUACAAAUACAGGUAUCACUAUCAGGUGUAAAGAAGGUCCAAUGGGCAGAAAACAAACCCUUAUCUCCUCCAGAUUCUCCAACAGGUGGCAGUAAUCCAUUAUUAAGCCAACAAUUGAACCAGUUUAGUAAAGAGAUGAUAGAACUGUUAAAGUCCUGUCCCAAAUGUAGAAUGCCUUUUAGCAAGUUUAUACCGUCCUACCAUCAUUUCUUCAACAAACAGUGUAGAGUGGCUGAUUAUGGUUAUACUAGACUUAAAGAUUUGUUUGAUGCUGUUCCUCAUGUUCUCCAGGUUCUUGGAACUGGUGAGAGAAAAGUACUGACAUUGAGUCAUCGUGCCCAGAUUAAAAGAUUUACUGCAGACUUACAGAAAAUAGUGAAAGCUCAGUAUGGUAAACAGUUGAAGCUCAGUUCCUUUUCAGAUAACUAUACUUUGGUUAUGAACAAAGAUUUUGAUGCCCUGGAGUAUGGUAUGGCAUGUGUAGAAGAUUUACUGAAUGAUGUUUCUCCAAUCUCAGUUAUAGUUUUGCAAGAGGAUACAGAUACUAUCAUUGCUAUUCCAAGAAAAGAUCAGACACCAGAAGAAAUAGAAAGAACUAAAGAGUUUUCUUUGGAGGUAGUGGAUUUAUUGAAACACAAUCCACAGUGUAGAAUGCCUUUCAAUAAGUUUAUACCAUCAUUCCACCACCAUUUUAGUCGACAGUGUCGAGUCUCAGAUUAUGGAUUUACCAAGUUACUGGACUUGUUUGAAGCCAUUCCACAUAUUGUGGAUAUUGAAGAAGAUGGGGAAGAGAGACUUAUACAUUUAACAGAAUCAGAGCUGAGAAAAGUCUUAGCAGAUCAGAUAGUGGAAUUAUUGAGAGCCCAGAAGAAUCAUUGUCUAGCAUUACAUCAUCUUAUGUCAGCCUUUACUUGCCAUUUCGGUUUUAAUAUUCCACUACAUGAUUACUAUGUAAACUCUGAGGAAGAACUUGUCCAGAAGCUUAAACAUGUAGUAAGAAUUGAUAUGAUAAAUAGAUGUAAAUACAUAAGGUUGUUAGAUCGACAGGGGACACCUGAAUUGGCUAGACAAGUGUUACAGCUAUUGAUGGAUCAAAGCAGUGGUUCUCUCCCCUUAAUGGAACUUUUGAGUAGAUAUAAAUCUAUUUUUGGUAAAGAAUGUGACAUCAGACAACUUAAAGAUGAACUUUUAGAUUAUGUUCAGAUUAAAGGUGAUGACGAGUCUGGUAUCAUCAGUCUAACUUCACUCCAGGUGUUUGCUAGAGAUGUGAGAGUUCUACUACAGAAUGGUCUACAGGUUUAUGUGUCUGAUUUCGAGAGGGUCUACAAGGAUCAGUUUGGUGUAGACUUAAAGCCUGCCUUGUUUGGUUAUACCUCAGUGGAGACUCUACUAGAAGCUAUCCCACAUGUGGUCCAGUUCCAGGGUAAAACUCCCAGAAGAUAUGUAGAACUGUCUCAUGAUCUAGAUGGAAAUACUUUGUCAUCACCAGACCCAAAGGCUAUCAGUCCUCUCCUACUGCUGAGCAAUAGUCCAACUAGUGAAUCAGAAAGAAUCAAGAAACUUCUGCCUUCCAGACGAGAUUUAUUAAAUGAACCAGUUCCUUCUUCAGUACCAUCACCAGAUCUUCAUCCUAAAGAACAAUCUCCUAGGGAUCUUAUCUCUUUUGAUCUCAGUACAUAUUCAGAUCUUGCUGAUCAGUUAUGGCGUUUGAGCGAGGAGGAGAAAACUGGACAGAAGACCCCACUUUGUAUGACUCCAACGUCAGAACUGUUGCAGUUAGCAGCCAAAUGUCUAGUCAGUCGGCCUCCUGAUGUCAAAAAUGACCCUCAGAAGUCUGAAAGUAUCACAGAUAUUAUCAAAAAUGGAUGGUGGAAGAUUGUAAAAUCACAAGAGACCCAAGAUAUUUCCUCAGAAACUGAAACAUCAAAACAAGAAACCUCCAUAAAAGCUAAUGAUUCUAUUGGCAAGAGUUUAUUCGAACAAAUUUUCAACAGAAGCACAACUGAUUUUCAGAAAGAUGCUGCCAAGGAAGAGGCUACAAGGUCCUUAGACUAUAGAAGGAAAAUGAUGGUCCAUAGUCCACUGCUGUCACAUGACGAGUUAGCUCUAACAAAAUUAAAACAAGCAGGUAUAGACAUGGAAUCUCAGACAAAGAAAGAAUGUGUUAGUAAAGACUCUAUAUCAUACGAAACUAUGUUUAGAAGAGACUUUCCUAUAGAAACCAGCUCCAUUAAAUCUGAUACUAGUACACUUAGUGAUGUUUCACAAGAUUCUCCAAAGAAAUCUCCACGGAAACCAAGACUUGCUGCAAAAUUUGAUAUACCUAUAGAUGGCACUCAUUAAUACAAGUGUAUUCUUAAAGUAAUACAAGAGAUGUUAGUGAUUAAUUAUUUAAGUUUGCUUGUUCAGAAAUUAUUACAUUAAAGUAAUGUUUAAGAGUAGUGUAUAUUUUAUCAUAAUGAAUUGAGUAAAUGUAUGACUUAUACUGGUAACAAAGUAGUUCUCAUCAAGUAGCAAUUCUCACUAACAUAAGUUUUAUCCUUAAACUGCCUUCAUUCAGUAUUCAGACUGUAGCUUGACUUGUCAUCUAACAUUUCAAUUAUCGUAUAGGGGUGUAAAUUUUCGCGGAUAGAACAGAAUCGCAAAAAUGAAUUCAGCAAAUUUAAAAGUAGACGUGGAAAAGUAUUGGUAAAAGUUUUGAAUCAGCCAAAAUAUUUUGUAUACUUUACUCAAUGAAAAUAGCGAACUUUGACACAUACGAAAAAUAACCCGCUGUACGGCAUUUACUUAUGGCACUUCUUUCUUGGAUACGGUAAAUAGAUUGCUACUUGGAAGAAUUACUCUAUCACCAGUAAUGUUUAUUUUCAUAUACUCAAAAAGAUUCAUAUUAUUUUUGAAUAGAGUUAAACAAUUAUUAUUUAUGGAUAUUUUAUGAUACAAAAAAAAAUCACUGUAUUAUCCCAUUGGUUGUUUUACUUUUAAAUAAAGUUGGAAAAUUUCUGUGUUUAAUGUAUUAGAAAACUCACAGAAAACUUCAAUCAAUGUGAGAUGAUGUGCUAUAACUUUUAAUAUCAUGUUAGAAGGAUUUCAGUUGGAAUCAUAUUUAAAACAUGUCAAUUUUCAAAUAUCCUUUCUGGACAAAGUUUAUGCAAGAAAAUUUUGAUGCACACCACUUAAAAUCCAUAAAGAUAUUUCUGGAAAAGGACUAAAAUUCAUACAAAUAUUUCUGAAAUUUUCCUAACUUCAAAGUGAAAUACCAAUGGGAUAUUAUUCUGAGAAUAUUGUGUUUUAUGUUGAUGUGAUAUUUAUGAAGGUAGUGUUCUUUGUAUGUUUUGUGUUUAUUGUCUUUCGUUAUUGUCAUUGUGUAUGUUUAGUUUGUACAUUUUGAUGUAUGGGAAUUUUAACUAUGCAUCAAUUGAUUUGUCAAAGGAAAUGUCAGUAUAUACAGCUACAUCAUGUGAAAGAUUGAUACAUAUUGUUCAUCUUUUCUACUAUGUAGAAACAACUCUAGGCAACAGUUUAAAAAAAAACCAUUUAAGAAACCAAUUACAACUUGGAGGUUCAGAAGCCUUACUGAUUUGUGAAACUUAUUCAAGCUUAUGGAUUGACAACAGUUACACUUGAAUAAUGGUCUGUCUUUUCUAAAAGAAAUUAACUUGAUGUUCACAGAUAAUUAUUUAGAUAUAUUUUAAUUCUUAUGUGAUAUAUGCCAUUAGCAUUAUUCAUGUUAUUUUCAUAAAAAGUUAUGUCUGAAAAUCAAAUAAAUGUCUUGUAUUGGCCUAAAAUAGAUAAAGUCUGAAAAUCGAAAAAAAAAUAUCUUGUAUAAAAGAUAACUUCUAGCCUAGUUUUGUUUACAUUACAAUUUAUGAAGUAGUUGAUGUACAGAACUUAAAAACAACGAAAGAAAAAUUUGAUUUAAGAAUAAGCACUUGUAAUGUUGAAAUGCAUUCUGGGGGUAAUUUGAAAUCUGUACAUGUAGGAUUAGAAGAGUUUUCUGCAUUCAGUAUUUAGAUAUAGUAAGGUCUUGAAGGAAGGUUCAUAUGCAUAACCAUGCUGACACAGAUCAAAACUGUAGUGUGGUUGUACAUGAUGGUUUGUCCAAGUAGGGGUUUAUUUUCUAGAAAAAAAUUGUUCGAAGCAAUUGAAUAAGAUGUCAAGGCAGACGUGUUUAGUAAACACAAAUUGCCUUAUCUUUACAUAUAGGUGAAAGAGCUAAAGUUGUAUAUUAAGCAAAUGGAGAGGACUUUACUGAAACAUUAUUUUUUCAAACCAUUAUUUGUAUUUUCUGUACCUUGUCUUUGUUGAUAUUUUUUGUUACAUAAGGGGCAAUCAAGCUUAUUUUGUGGUCAUGAAAAUGCUACAUUGCAUCAUUUUGUUAAUGUAAAGGGAGAUUAUAAAAAUUUCAUGGACAGUUAAGUAAGUUUUUGUCAUUGACAUUUUUAGAUGUUGAAUCCCUUGGACAUCUAUUAAUAAUUUAAUUUUGGGUGUAACACAUCUUUUGAUUGGCUGACAUUGAUUCGUUUAUAAGCUCAAACAUAAUUCAGUCAUUGUCUUCAGUCACGUUACCAUGAUGUCUUCAACUUUUUUUCAUGGUUUACUCUGGUUAAAAAUGGAAUUAAGAAUUAAAUUAUAAGAAAUAACUAAUAUUUCUUCUGUCUUUUCGGAAUAUCAAUAAAAAAAUGUGGUGCACACUUUAAAAUAACACUCUGCGAGAUAUUCAGUGUGCACCACAUUUUUUAUGUUAUUUCUUCAUAUACAUAAAUAAAAAUAUUACAGUUAUAUCUUCAAUAAAUGAAAUGAUAUUUAACUUAAGUUAUGAUUUAUAUGUGAAUUGUAUCAGAUACCGGUUUGGAUAUUGCAUUAUAAUAGAUCAUAUUAGAGUUGUCAAUAUUUUGGGUUCAUGUAUUCAUUCUCAACCAUGCUGACACAGUUCAAAGCUGUAGUAUGGUUGAGUAUACCAUACCAUUUUAUAAGAAAGAAAACUUUAGUCAAAUUUUCCAUGUAUUCUCUGAUUAUUUGCUAUAUUUUUUUAUCAAUGAUGUGCAGUUAUGAUUUUUUUUCUUCAGAUAGUUCAUACACAACUUAUGGUAAACAUAAUAACUAUAAAUCAACCAUUAGGAAAACUUCUCAAGGCCUUAAAAGAUCUUAUUUUUAAAGGUGUGUCAAUGCCCACUUACUGGAAGAUUUUAUUGCAAAUUUUUAAUUUUUAGAAUCCUAAUAGGAGAUACAUAAAAAUAAUGUCUGUACUAAUGCUUGAUUCUUCAACAACAUACCCUGCUGAGAAGGUGUUUUUAAUGUGCUUAUGAUUCCCUCAAGCUUAUCUUAAACAUGUAUUUAAAAUAUUGAAUGAAAUUAAGGUGUCAAAUUUUGAUAAAUUGUUUGCUGGCUUCAAUGAAAUACUGUAUUAUAGUGCUGCUUCUGACAAUAAAAAGAACUAAAAAUA